GAAGCCCAGUAAUUCACAUCCUUACCAUCUCCACUAAUAGCCCUUUCUCUUUCUGUUUCGAACAGUGCCUCCAACAUUGGGCCUAGCACAUUAUCACAUUAGGAGGGUUUCCAAAAACCGGCUUUACAUUUUAAUUUGUUCCUCUUUUGGCACGUUUUGCAAUGUUGAAAUUGUUUUUCUUCAUUGUUCUCGCCGGGGCUGCCCGGUCGAGUGAUGUGAUAGAAUUCUCUGAUGAUGAUUUCGACAGUAAAAUUGGAGAUCACGGGAUGAUUCUAGUGGAAUUCUUUGCACCAUGGUGUGGCCAUUGUAAACGACUAGCUCCGGAGUUUGAGGUGGCAGCAACACGUCUGAAAGGCAUUGUCGCAUUGGCCAAGGUCGACUGCACGGUCCAAAACAAUGUGUGCCAGAAGUACGGAGUUAGCGGUUAUCCAACACUGAAGAUCUUCAAAGACGGAGAGGAUGCCGGUGCCUACGAUGGGCCCAGAACUGCAGAUGGGAUUGUGAGCCAUCUAAAGAAGCAGGCUGGCCCAUCUUCCGUAGAGCUCAAGACCGAGGCAGAUUUUACGAAGUAUGUCGGAGACCGUGACGCAAGUGUUGUGGGUUUCUUUGCUGACGGUGGAAGCCCAGCCCAAGCAGAGUUCCUUAAGUCGGCCAGUGCCCUCCAAGAGUCCUUCCGCUUUGCGCACACCAACUCUGGGGAGCUUCUCCAGAAACAUGGCGUGGAGGGAGAGGGAAUCAUUCUGUUCCGUCCAGCACGCCUCAGCAACAAAUUUGAAGAGAGCAGUAUCAAGUUCAGUGAGGACAAGUUCACCAACGCUAUGAUCAAGAAGUUUAUCCAGGACAACAUCUUUGGAAUGUGCCCCCACAUGACUGAUGACAAUAAGGACCAAAUGAAGGACAAGGACCUGCUGGUGGCCUACUAUGAUGUGGACUAUGAGAUGAACCCCAAAGGCUCCAACUACUGGAGGAACCGGGUAAUGAAGGUGGCCAAGAGCUUCCUGGACCAGGGGAAAACGCUGAACUUUGCCGUGGCCAGCAAGAACAGCUUCAGCCACGACAUCUCUGAGAUGGGCCUGGACGCCAGCUCCGGAGAGCUGCCCGUGGUCGGCAUCCGCACUGCAAAGGGAGACAAAUACGUCAUGGCCGAGGAAUUCUCACGUGACGGCAAGGCCCUGGAGCGUUUCCUGCAGGACUACUUUGACGGCAAGCUGAAGCGGUACCUCAAGUCUGAGCCCAUCCCUGAGAACAAUGACGGCCCCGUCAAGACUGUGGUGGCUGAGAACUUUGACGCCAUUGUGAACAACGAGGAAAAGGACGUGCUGAUUGAGUUCUACGCCCCGUGGUGCGGCCAUUGCAAGAGCCUGGAGCCCAAGUGGAAAGAGCUGGGAGAGAAGCUGUCCAGUGAUCCCAACAUUGUCAUCGCAAAGAUGGACGCCACAGCCAAUGACGUGCCAUCUCAAUACGAAGUCAGGGGAUUCCCCACCAUCUUCUUUGCUCCAGCUGGACAGAAAAUGAGCCCAAAGAAAUAUGAGGGUGCUCGCGAGGUCAGCGACUUUAUCUCCUACCUGAAGAAGGAGGCCACCAACCCUCUGGUGGCUCAAGAAGAGCAGUCCAAGAAUAAGCAGACCGAGCUAUAGAAGCUCAACUGGAGCCAACAUUCCGAGGCGGGAAACACUGACAGAACUCAAUUAUAUUCCAAUCUUUAGUGAACUACAGAAUGCUCUGAACCCUCCCUUGGGUCCUGCUGCUCUGGGAACACUGGAAGGUGGUGGUGGCCAGGGCCUGCCUGAUUUUUAAAUGUAUGGAAAGAUGGACAGUUUUGAAAUUGAGAUUAUUUCACCUGGUCUGUACCUCUGAUGCACUUUGGUUUGAUACCAAUUUCCAGUCAUCAAUUGUUUAGUUUUUUUCUGAAAGCGGGGUGGUUAUGGUUAUUUUAUUUUGAACCAUGUUUUUGUACAUUUUGGAAGGAUUGGGAAUAAAAGGCCCACAAAACAAAAA